AGACAGGGUUGUAAGAAAAAGUAAUGGAGGUAAAUAAGGAGGGAGAGGAGAAGUGAGUGGAGAGAGACAGAGACAGCAAAGCAGAGGCGACUCUUGCUCCUCCUUCCUCAGUCUCUCAUUUUCUCUAUCUCUGAAGCCAAAGAUGAACCAAAUCGACGACGGUCGAACCCUCUCCCCUCUGCCGGACCAGGUCCUGGAGAACGUCCUGGAAAGCGUGCUCCACUUCCUCACCUCCCGGCGCGACCGCAACGCCGCCUCACUGGUCUGCAAGUCCUGGUACCGCGCCGAGGCCCUCACCCGCACCGAGCUCUUCAUCGGAAACUGCUACGCCGUGUCCCCCCGCCGCGCCACCGGCCGAUUCCCCCGCGUCCGGUCCGUGACCAUCAAGGGCAAGCCACGCUUCGCCGACUUCGACCUCAUGCCCCUGAACUGGGGGGCCCACUUCACCCCCUGGGUCACCGCACUCUCCCAAUCUUACCACUCCUCCCUCAACAAACUCCACCUCAAACGCAUGUCCCUCACCGACCACGACCUCACCCUCCUCUCCCACUCCCUCCCCUCCUUCCAAGACCUCCUUCUCACGUGCUGCGAAGGCUUCGGCACCACCGCUCUCGCCGCCCUCGCCUCCAACUGCAGAUUGCUGAGAGUGCUUGAACCAGUGGAAUGCGUGGUGGAGGUUGGCGACGAGGAAUUGGAUUGGAUAUCGUGUUUUCCGGAGAUUGACGCUCAGACAUAUUUGGAGUCUCUUGUUUUUGACUGCGUGGAGUGUCCAAUUAACUUGGAGGCUUUGGAGAGGCUCGUGGCCCGGUCCCCCUCUUUGAGGAAGCUCAGGCUGAAUCGUUAUGUUUCCAUGUCUCAGCUGCAUCGCUUGAUGCAUCGAGCGCCGCAGUUGACGCAUCUGGGAACUGGUUCGUUCAGUGCUUCGGAGCUGGAUCAGGAACUGGAUUUCGCGUCUGCGUUCGCGGCUUGUAAAUCGUUGGUUUGUUUGUCUGGGUUCAGAGAGAUUUGGCCGGAUUAUCUCCCUGCUAUUUAUCCAGCUUGUGCCAAUCUCAUAUCCUUGAAUUUCAGCUAUGCUGAUAUCAGUGCGGAUCAGCUCAUAUCGGUCAUACGUCACUGUCAUAAGCUGCAGACGUUUUGGGUCCUAGAUACCAUAUGCGAUGAAGGGCUUCAAGCAGUGGCUGAGACUUGCAAGGAUUUGCGUGAGCUUCGGGUUUUCCCUGUCAAUACCCGGGAGGAGAUAGAAGGUCCCGUGUCUGAGGUGGGGUUUGAGGCGAUUUCUCGAGGUUGUAGGAAACUGCAGUCGAUUCUUUUUUUCUGCCAGAGGAUGACGAAUGCUGCCGUGGUAGCCAUGUCGAACAACUGCCCGGAUCUUGUGGUGUUUCGGUUGUGUAUAAUUGGGCGGUAUAGGCCAGACCCAGAGACGCUAGAACCCAUGGAUGAGGGUUUUGGUGCCAUUGUUAUGAACUGCAAGAAGCUCACUCGGCUUGCUGUGUCUGGUUUGCUGACUGAUCGGGCUUUUAACUACAUUGGGACGUAUGGGAAGUUGAUUAGGACGCUGUCAGUUGCCUUUGCUGGAGACACUGAUCUGGGACUCCAAUAUGUUCUUGAAGGAUGUCCUAAUCUGCAGAAGCUUGAAAUCAGAGACAGUCCAUUUGGGGAUGGAGCUUUACGUUCUGGCUUGCAUCAUUUUUACAACAUGAGGUUCCUCUGGAUGUCCUCAUGUAAGUUGACGCGCCAAGCUUGCCGGGAAGUCGCACGAAUGCUGCCCCAUCUGGUGUUGGAAGUCAUCAAUAGUGAAGAGGACAAAGCCGAUGAUAUUGAGAUUCUGUACAUGUAUCGGUCUCUGGACAGGCCACGGGAUGAUGCUCCAAAAGUUGUUACCAUCCUUUGCUGAUUCUUUCAAACUCAACAAGUUUAUGGCUUUUUCCCUUGUUAUGGGGGCUGCUGAGUGAAAUUAUAGAGCAGGGAUUCUUAAAUAAACCUAACCUGCCACAAGAUUCAUCAUUAUUUGUACUGUCAAUGUCAAAAAAAGUUGAGCUAACAACUCUGCUGUUCUUGGCCAACACUGUUGUGAUGGCAGGCCAUAGAUUCUAUUAUGUGGCAAAGCAUUUCAAAUUCUGCAUUCUUGUUCAUGGGAGAGAACUUGGGGAAUAGCAACGGGAGAGGGUGUGCUGAGAAUGAUGCAGAUGAUAAGAAUUCCUGUAGUUAUCGUAUCAGGCCAUCCAAUGUUGUAUCACCAUUAUUAAAAUUUAUGUCCUCUUUUUUAUUCGUUUUAUCAUGAAGACCUACCAUAUUGAGGAAGGUAGAGAUUGCUGAAGCUGCUUUGAGGAUUUGUUAAUAAGCAUUAUUUGUCUCCUUGGUCAAAUAGAUGAUGAUGGUUUACCGUACCAGUAGAAAAGGGAAAGCAUUCGCUUUUUUAAGGACUUAGUCUGUGUAUGCUGACUCAGAUGAUAGUUAGUUUAAGCUGUAGGUGGUGAGAAUCCUAUCACCAGACUGAUAUAAGCGAAUAUGCGCUCCCCUUAUUGUUUUCUCUGAUGUGUGUUUCUGUAGCUCCAGACUUUUGAAUUUAUUUUUAGUUAGCAAUUGUUACGUGGUUUAAUAAAUGCCAGAAUAUGCAUGGACCAUAUAUGAACUUACUUACUGGGGCUGUGUCUAUGCAUUUCAUUUUCUGAAUGCAGAAUGAUCAAUUGAGUGUGAACGCCCAUUGAUUAUGUGUAUGAUAUUCUAUUUUAUUCA